AUGGCCGCCAUCGUAGAUCAGGUGAUCGGCAUCAUCACCAAGCCGGCGUAUAAAAGAAAUGAGAUCGAAAUUGAAGCCAUCCUACCAUGGCUGCGGAAACGGAGUCUGCUGCUUCAGAAUCUGGACCGAGGAGUUUUACAAGAUAUCAUGAAGAACUGUACCUACCAAGCUUGUGAGAGGGACGAAAUAAUCAUUCGACAGGGAGAGAAGGGUGACAGGGAAUCGACAGUGGAUGUGGAACCGAGUUUCUAUGUUAUCCUGAGUGGAAGUGCCUCCGUGUACAUUGACCCGAGGAUGACGGGGGAGGAUGAAGGUGGUAUCGUUAGGGAAAAGACUCCCCCUCCCAAGGUCGUCGAAAAACCCAAAUCCGAGAACGGAGAAGAAGAUGACCAAGAGGAAGAAACUAACGAGGAGGACGAAGAAGCGGAGAGAAAACGACUGGAACAACAGGAGCAGGAGAAAAAACUCGUGCCUCUUGACAGGAACAAGUUUGGCAAGUUCAUCAUGACAUAUGAGCCUGGGAAAGCAUUCGGUGAAGUGGCACUCGUAAAACGUGAUGCUCUGAGGAAUGCCUCCAUCAUAGCGGACGAGACGUGUGAUCUGAUGGUGAUAGGCCAGGAUUUGUACGAACGUUCCCUUAAAGCUGACCAAGAAAAGGAGUUUGCUCAAAUCACAGCGUUCAUAGAUUCCCAUCCAUUCUUCUCAAACAUGUCUAGUAAAUUCAAGAAGUUACUGGAGAUGAGUCUACGGAAGGAAACGUACACAUUUGACACUGUCAUUAUAAAGCAAGGAGAACCACUGAUUGGCCUUCAUUUCCUCAUCAAGGGGCAAGCGAAGAUAGUAGCCGAGCCUCACAAACAUCCAAAGCAGUAUCCACAUCUAUGGCCUUUCGAGGCUGGCAUUGACAUCAUCUCGGUGGAAUUUGCACAUCUCAGGGAAGCGAGGCGGGCUGCUAUCCUUCGGAAAUACGACGAUCCUUCCGUUUGGGAGACUAAGACUGAGGAUACGAUCAUCAGAAGGGAACAGGGUUAUGCAGCUGUGGAAAAGUGGAUGAAGGAGAAACACAUAGAACUGUGUAGUGUGCAAUCAGGGGAAGUCCUGGGAGACAUAGAGACACUCAUGAACUUUACUACGUAUAUGCAAACAGUAAAAUGUACUGCCAACACGGAAGUGUACAUACUUGAUACAAAGAACUUCGAAAGACUAGUAGGCAAGCGAAAUAUAGCAACAAUAGAAAUCAUGCGUGCCAAAGUGAUAGAAAAACUCAAAACACGUGUGGAUUCAAAACAUGGCCAUUUAGUGCCUCUUUUGAAAUUUCUUCAUUUCAAAAUGAAUGAGCAGAGUUUGCCUCCACCACGAGAAUUACCGAAACUGAAAACUACAAAAGUGUUACCCGACAAAGAUGUACAAAACUUGUUCUUGCUACAAGCAUUUAAAUCUGGGAAAGCUCCACUUGUCGAGCCUAUAGUCCCUGGUACUCUGUACUACAAAGACCUGAUGAAAGAAAAAGCGAAGUCGAGAGAAGAACAACGGAAAGCGGAAGGCAAGACAACUGUAUCAGUUACAUCCACGCUAAGGGCAAAUAAACGCAACAAACCGAAGCGGCAGCCACGAAGUUUGAUGGCAAUUCGGGAAUCUCUUCGGCAAAUGAUGGAAGCCGAUGUUAUCCAAGUAGACAAUAAGACCGCUCGAAAAAAACUUGGAUCCAAAUAUGGGUCGACCGUCUCUCUAGCACCUUCUAACCAAUCACAGCAAUUGUUUCCACCUGUCGUACCACCAAUGGAUUCUAAACCAAAGCUAGACAAUGCAAAGAACUUUAUGACAAUGUUAAGCUCUAAAUCUCAAGAAAAUGAAAAUCCAGUCCGAGAGGUGGAUAUUACCCCACGUGAUCAAGAACAAAAGAAAGUUUCCCCGAGGAAACAAAAACCAGUGCUUAUAACAGAAACUGUCACCCCUAAACGUGACGCCGACCUGCCAAUGAUUACGGAAGAGCGAACACAAGAAGAGAUCGUGUUGCAAAAGAAACCAACAGGAAAGUAUGAUAAAAAUGAGGAUACUUUGGAUGGUAGAGUGGCUUUACCAGCCAUAAAAGUUACAUCAUCUGAUAAGAAACAACCCCGUGUCAAACCACAACAAAGUGCUAAUUCUGAAGACAUAGUUUUCCCAAACAAUAUAACAGGUGAGCGGGUGGUCCUUCCACCUAUCGAAGGAACGGAUGACAACACUCCCCCUGGUCGGAAGGGAAAGUGGGGCAGCGCAAUGAAAUUUGUAAACACAGAAAUACAGGAACGAUUGGCCAAUGAAAUGGAGAAUGGUACUUAUCAACAGGAAGUCGACAUCGAUUUCCACAAUAAAGCUAUGGUCAUGCUUGAAAACAAGAUCGAAUCUUUCAACGUUCAACAUGGUGGGCCCGCAAAGGGUCUGCCAAAAUUAGCGCGAUUCAAUGUCGAAACCCGGAGAUAUCGACGACGUCAGGAGGACGAAAUUAACACUCCAAAGCCUGGCGGGAAAGUUUGGAUCCGGAAGCGCAUGUGCAGGUUUGCUGAUAAUAAAGUACAGGUCAAGGACCACCAGCACGUGCGGCACUACAUUGUUAACGACCUCCCUCAGUUUGAUCAGGUAACACACAAAUCCGAGGAUGAGUAUGAUAGUUAUAGCUUGUUAUCACAGGUAAAAACCUGA